CUGCGCGGUGGGCGUGAUCCGGGCACUUAGGGCAGGAUGAACGCUGCUUUCCAAGAUGGCGACGGAGGGAGGAGGGAAGGAGAUGAACGAGAUUAAGACCCAGUUCACCACCCGGGAAGGUCUGUACAAGCUGCUGCCGCACUCGGAGUACAGCCGGCCCAACCGGGUGCCCUUCAACUCGCAGGGAUCCAACCCUGUCCGCGUCUCCUUCGUAAACCUCAACGACCAGUCUGGCAACGGCGACCGCCUCUGCUUCAAUGUGGGCCGGGAGCUCUACUUCUAUAUCUACAAGGGGGUCCGCAAGGCUGCUGACCUGAGUAAACCAAUAGAUAAAAGGAUAUACAAAGGAACACAGCCUACCUGUCAUGACUUCAACCACCUAACAGCCACAGCAGAGAGUGUGUCUCUUCUAGUGGGCUUUUCCGCAGGCCAAGUCCAGCUCAUAGACCCCAUCAAAAAAGAAACUAGCAAGCUGUUUAAUGAGGAAAGACUAAUAGACAAGUCACGCGUAACCUGUGUCAAAUGGGUUCCUGGUUCCGAAAGCCUGUUCCUAGUAGCGCAUUCCAGUGGGAACAUGUACUUAUAUAAUGUGGAGCACACUUGUGGCACCACCGCCCCCCACUACCAGCUUCUGAAGCAGGGAGAGAGCUUUGCCGUGCAUACUUGCAAGAGCAAAUCCACGAGGAACCCUCUCCUUAAGUGGACGGUGGGCGAGGGGGCCCUCAACGAGUUUGCUUUCUCCCCAGAUGGCAAGUUGUUAGCGUGCGUGAGCCAGGACGGGUUUCUGCGCGUGUUCAACUUUGACUCCGUGGAGCUGCACGGCACCAUGAAAAGCUACUUUGGGGGCUUGCUUUGUGUGUGCUGGAGCCCUGAUGGCAAGUACAUUGUGACAGGGGGCGAGGACGACUUGGUGACAGUCUGGUCCUUUCUAGACUGCCGAGUAAUAGCCAGAGGCCAUGGGCACAAAUCCUGGGUCAGUGUUGUAGCAUUUGACCCCUAUACUACUAGUGUAGAAGAAAGUGACCCUAUGGAGUUUAGUGGCAGUGACGAGGACUUCCAGGACCUUCUUCAUUUUGGCAGAGAUCGAGCAAACAGUACGCAAUCUAGGCUGUCCAAACGGAACUCUACAGACAGCCGCCCUGUAAGUGUUACUUAUCGGUUUGGUUCAGUGGGUCAGGAUACACAACUGUGUUUAUGGGACCUUACAGAAGACAUCCUUUUCCCUCACCAACCCCUCUCAAGAGCAAGGACACAUACAAAUGUCAUGAACGCCACAAGUCCGCCCGCCGGAAGCAAUGGGAACAGGGUCACUACGCCUGGGAACUCUGUGCCCCCUCCACUGCCACGGUCCAAUAGCCUUCCACAUUCAGCAGUCUCCAGUGCUGGGAGCAAAAGCAGCGUCAUGGACGGGGCCAUUGCUUCUGGGGUCAGCAAGUUUGCAACUCUGUCGCUGCAUGACCGGAAGGAGAGACACCAUGAGAAAGACCAUAAACGAAAUCAUAGUAUGGGACACAUUUCCAGCAAGAGCAGUGACAAACUGAAUCUAGUUACUAAAGCCAAAACGGACCCAGCUAAAACUCUGGGAACAUCCCUAUGUCCUCGGAUGGAAGAUGUCCCCUUGUUAGAGCCGCUGAUCUGUAAAAAGAUAGCCCAUGAAAGACUGGCUGUCUUGGUUUUUCUUGAAGACUGUAUAGUCACUGCUUGUCAGGAGGGAUUUAUUUGCACAUGGGCAAGGCCUGGUAAAGUGGGCUUGUUGUCAUCCCCAAACCAGGCCACUUCUCCAGGUGGGACUGUAGUGUAGCAGCUGCACCGCUGCUCCCAGGCUCCCCGGGACACGCGUGGACUGAGUGACAGACGACAACGGAGCCAUGAGCUGCGCUGGAGCCACAUGCAGGCGGCAGGCGGCAGCAGCCUUGCAGGGCUGUGCGGAGCUGCUAACCCAAAGAGUUGCUUCCAUUUUUAAGUCAGUCUGUUGGGGCUGCAGUGGAAAUUGAGAAAUGGAGUUUUCUUGCUUUUUACUCUAAAAUUCAGUGUAACUAAAUCCCAUAUAUAAUAUAUACACAUAUAUACAUAGUGUAAAGUAAAAUGUUUCCUCGACAAGAAACCUUAAAUUCAACUGUUACCCUAGCACUUGGCUCUGGUUUUGCACUGAUCUAUUUUGUACUUUAGGUAGUCGUGAGACAGCCUGGGAUGCACUCAUGAAGACAGCUGUCACCUUCUGACUUAAAUACACAGUUCAGAAAGACAGAUGCUGCAAUCAUAGACUUAAAAAAUUGUUUGCACUUAAAAUAGUUUAAUGCUAAUAGAAAAUGACUUUGACUAUGGGGUAGUGGACUCCCGGCCUCCACAUUAUGGAGUGAAGAGGUCCUUUUUAUCUGUUAACAUUUAUUUUAAUACUGUUGUUUCCAAUGCAAUCAAGCCUGUAUUAUAUGUGUAAAUAAUGUAAUUCUGAAAUGGGAGAAAAUAGCUUCACUAGUAAUUUUCAUUAUUUAAGAGUGAUAUUUCUAAUUCACAAAAACAUUAAUAAUAAAAUUAUCUUGAAUAUA